AUGACAGAUCAAAAUGCAAAUGCCGCCCCUUCAGGGUCCUCCCAAUCGCCGUGCAUCACCGAUCUCAUCUCGUCCUACGCAAUUCUACCAACCUUGGCUUCAUGGCUAUCUUCGGUCGAUCUCUAUCACCUUGGCCUUACGAACCGCUACCACCACUCAUGUAUUCUAGCAUCGCCUAUUCUGUUCAAGAAACUACAACGGCUAUCUCUCUGUGACGGCCGCGGCCUUGCUCUCCGCCAGGAGUUCAAGCCCCCAUAUCGCAAUGACUGGGAGAACGCGGGGAAGUGGACUAUCAACCCGGGAUUUACUGCCGACGAGGAGAUUGAGGUUUCUCUGUACAAUGUCAAAUGCGAUGAAGCUGGGGCCCUGCCCUGCAUCAAGUGCGGCAUCAAUAUCUGCGAAGAGUGCCGAUUUUACCCUCGGGCGGCGCCGCCCCCGUGGUAUCCAAGGCGGCGUCCACAUUUGAAUUCUCCUCACCAGGCUGAGAAUAUCAUGUGCCUAUGUCCCGGAUGUGAUGCCGAUAUGGAGAAGGAGCUUUCUGGGAAGUUCCUCAAUGAACUCUGUGACUGCGACAUUUACAUUCGUUGGAUCUGUACCCGGUGCAUUGUGGAGGAGAGGAAAUUUACGUGGGACUACUUUGAGGAACACACCGUGCUUGAAGGUGACGAGGAAGAAACCAAGUCGUUUUGGUGUCUAUGCGGUUCCGCAGUGCCUGCAGAUACCCGAAUAAGGUGCACUUGGUGCAAAAGACGCCAUCUUCCAGAGAAUCAAUGGUUGAGAGAGUACGAAGAGGUCGGAUCUAAACUACCAUUUUUCGAUAAUAACCCAGAUUAUCCUCGCUGGACAGAAGAUGAGGAUCGAAAAUACGUAACCCCUUAUCCGAAACUUGGGUAUCAUCGACCAGGAGACGAUGUGCCAACGAGCUAG